AUGGCAAUCCGGCAACCCAUCCACCCUCCAUCGGACCCUACUCUCACCAGACUUCUCUCCGACGACGCCUGGCACGUAGCCUUUGCGCGAAAAUUUGGCGAGCCCGAUGUUUCGGCCGUCAUUGUCAAGCCCGGGGCCGAGUAUCGACUGGCGCCUCACAGUGAGCUCACCGAUGUGGGAAACAUUGACGAUGACGAACGUGUGGCCUCCAAGAAUAGAGUGAGGCACCAGAUCGGCCGGGGAAACGACCUCUUCCACGUCGAUUGCUCCUACAAUGCGCGCCGAGCUGGAUACUCGAUCCUCCGCGCCCACCAACUGCCGCCCAAGGGAGCCGGCGGAAGGACGGAGUUUGCCGACACGAGAACAGCGCCCGAGGGCCUGGACAAUGCGACCAAAGAGAUCAGCAAAGACCACGUGCUAUGCCAUUUGGUGGUGCAUAGCAGACAGCUGGGUGCGCCCGAAUGCGAUCUCUUCAAGAGCAGGGAAGCCGAGGACCACACUAUGGCCCGGCACAGGCUGGUGCAACUACACGAGCUGAGCAGGCGCACGAAUCUUUACAUCGCGGCGCACGCGCACCAUGUCGAUGGAUGGUCCAAGAAAGAAAGCCAGCCGGUGAUUGACGAUCUGCUCCGGCACUCCAGCCAGGACCAGAAUAUCUUCAUCGUCGACUGGGAAGACAACGGGGAUCUUGUUAUAUGGGAUAACACGUGCGUGAUGCGUAAGGCCCCUGGAAGCGGCUUCGAGGGCAACCAUGUCCGCGACAUGAGGGCGACGGCCGUGUACGACGACUGGUCGAGCGCUUGUGGGCUGAAUUGGAAACAUUGUGAAGGGUGUAUAGCUUGA